AUGUCAGAAUACUUUUCUGAAGUUAAACAAGAAAUAUCAUCAGAAAGAGUAUUAUGCCAUUACGAUCCGAAGCUACCCAUUGUACUGCAAACAGACGCAUCACCAGUGGGAAUUGGAGCUGUGUUGAGCCAUAUUACUGAAGACGAUUCGGAGAAGCCGAUUAUGUUUGCUUCGAGAUCCCUGACAGCAACAGAACGCAAUUAUUCUCAAAUUGACAAGGAGGCUCUAAGUAUUGUUUGGGCAGUAAAGAAAUAUUACCAGUACCUGUUUGGACGCCAUUUUCACCUAGUCACUGAUCACAAGCCCCUAGUGUCAAUUUUUGCUCCAAAUAAAAGUUUACCAUGUCUUUCUGCUACAAGAAUGGUUCACUAUGCACUGUUUUUACAAGCUUUCAGUUAUACUAUUAGGUACCGAAACACUAAGGAUCACAGAAACGCAGAUGCUCUGUCAAGAUUACCCUUGUCAACCGGGAAGGUAGAUGCAAAUGCAGCAAAUAUUUUACAAGUUGAAGUGCUUCCAAUUACGGCAAGUGAAAUUGCUAAAGCGACCAAGGUUGACAGCAAACUGUUUGAACUUUAUGAAAGUUUACGAACUGGAACUGAGCUGCCCUUACUAUGGAAAGGUAAAGAAUCCGAAUUUUCUUUGCAACAAGGAUGCAUUAUGUAUGGUCAUCGAGUUUGCAUUCCCCAGAAAUACCAUAAUGCUAUCUUGGAAGAGCUCCAUGUAGGACACCCAGGAAUUGUUAAAAUGAAAGCCCUCGCAAGAAGUUACUGCUAUUGGCAGGGUAUAGAUUCGAGCAUAACUAGUUUUGUCCAAAAUUCUGCUGCUUGCGUGUCUACUAGAAAUGACCCAUCAAGAAUUAAGCGACAUCCGUGGGAAUGGCCGAAUGGUCCGUUGCAAAGGAUUCAUGUCGACUUCGCUGGUCCAUUUAUGGGGAAAAUGUUUCUAGUCGUUGUUGAUGCAUUUUCUAAAUGGGUGGAGGUAAUGCCAAUGAAGAAUAUUACAUCGAACUUAACAAUUGAGUACUUAAGAGUUCUAUUUGCCCAUUAUGGACUUCCAUUGACGGUUGUGAGCGAUAAUGGUCGAAGUUUCAGUAGUUACGAAUUUCGUCAAUUUCUGAAAAUGAAUAGAGAUAUUAAUGUGAAACUCCAGAGAUAUUUGAUGCAGUAUCGUAUAACCCCGCACUCAUUAACAGGUGAAACUCCAAGUUUCUUGUUUUUGAAACGAUGUAUUCGUACCAGGCUCGAUAUUUUGAAACCAAAUGUAAGAGAACAUGUGAUGCAAAAGCAAAGCUCUCACUGCUUGACAGAAGAAAUUACAUGUGAGUUUGUCGAAGGGGAAAAGGUAGCCGUGAGGAAUUAUGCAGGACCGCCUAAAUGGAAGAUAGGCACUGUGAUCAACCGUGAUGGAUCUUUGAAUUAUAGCGUACAAGUCGGAAAUGAAAUAUGGAAACGACAUGUUGACCAGCUAAGGAAGUGUGGACAAUCCUUGGAGAUAACUGAAUCAACUCUUGAAAAUUGUGUUCCUAAAAUUUCAGAGCGUACUGAAGAACCAGAGGCAAUAUCUGAUUCAAGUGAGGUAGAAAAGCCUGAUAAUUCCAUUAUAGCAUCAGAACCCUCAUCAACACAGUUACCUGUGCCUACACCUGAGUCGAGCCUAGAAGUUCCUUCCUCGAUUCCUGUGCCAUUGCGACGCUCAACCAGAUUUAGGAAAGCACCUAAGAGACUUGGUUUGUAA